AUGCAAGGACGCCUCGAGGGAGCUUCAGAUGGUCUUAACCGCUCGAAAGAUACGUCUCUGACCAUUGAUUCUGAUGCCGACAAUGGGAACGGUACUUGCAAGCUUUAUGGCUAUGCCUUGUCACCCAGCGUAGCCCGCGAGGAAGCGUCGAACGGCGACGCCAACCUCAGCUGUCGUCUGUCAACGGAACAGCGCUUCGAAGCUCCCAAACAUCUUGCACUCCCCCAGACCGAGUUGGCUGCAGUGCCGGGUCUGCAUCAUUCGAUGCCUCUCGGCUCGCGAAAGCAACGGUUGGCGAUGGACAAUGCCUUGGAGUCCCAGAAGCUGCGCCGAACUCGAACUCGAAACCCUUGGGCUUGUUCCGGGCUAACCUUUGUCGUGACCGUAUCCGCUAUUCUCGUUCUUUUCAUGAUCGUAUACUCCUAUCGAACACUCCAAGUCGAUCCACAAGGAUGUAGAACUCCGAGCAUGCGACCAACGUACAUUAAGCUCGUUGGUUUUGACUCCGAACAUACACGAUUUGGAAGUAAGUAUGGGUUAUACCUCUAUAGAGAGCAAAUGGUGGAUGAAUACGACGAGGAGGAUAUUGGGCUGAAAGGCGUACCGAUAUUGUUUCUCCCGGGUAAUGCGGGCAGUUAUAAGCAGGGCCGCUCUCUCGCCUCUGAAGCCUCCAUAUACUUCCAUGACGUUCUGCAGUAUGACCAGGAGCGAGUUAAAACAGGAGUUCGCAGUCUGGAUUUUUUCAUGGCGGAUUUCAACGAAGAUAUGGCGGCGUUCCACGGGCAAACACUCCUUGAUCAAGCAGAGUACAUAAACGAUGCACUGGCAUACAUCCUCUCUUUAUACCAUGACCCGCGCCGGCCAGGUAGAGAUGCCACGCUCCCAGACCCCACGUCAGUUAUUCUUGUCGGCCAUUCAAUGGGCGGUAUUGUCGCUCGAACCGUUCUUACCAUGUCGAAUUAUCAAACAAAUUCUGUCAACACCAUCAUUACAAUGUCAACGCCCCACGCGAGACCACCGGUUUCAUUUGACUCGGAUCUGGUUCAUACGUAUACGCAAAUUAAUAACUACUGGCGCAAGGCAUAUUCGCAAAAAUGGGCAAAUAAUAACCCAUUAUGGCAUGUCACCUUAAUCUCAAUUGCUGGAGGGGGUGGAGAUACUAUCGUCCCCUCAGACUACACCAGUCUUUCUUCUCUAGUCCCAGAAACGCAUGGUUUCACUGUUUUUACAACUACAAUUCCUAAUGUCUGGACAGGGAUGGAUCAUUUAUCCAUUGCUUGGUGCGAUUCAUUCAGAAAAGUCAUUGUUCAGUCCCUCUUCGACGUCAUAGAUGUGCGUCGCUCCUCGCAAACUAAACAGAGAGCCGACCGGAUGAGUGUGUUUAAAAAAAGGUAUUUGACAGGGCUGGAAUCUUACGCUGAAAAGACUCUUCCAAUAAAAGAACAUACUACACUGUUGACUCUUGGCGAGAAUACAAGUUUUGUACAGAGGCAAGGUGACCGGCUUAUUCUUCGGGGGUUUGGGCAGCGAAAGGAACCCGAAUCUUAUCUUAUACCUAUACCACCGCGAGGAGGAGUCCCAGGAAAGAAAUUUACCCUUUUAACUGACCAGAAGCUCGAUAGCUCCGAGAGCAACUGGAAACUGGAUGUAUUGUUUUGCAGCGAUUUCCCCCUUCGGGCCGGGCAAUCAUCGACACUUUUGUCACUAAACCUUGAUCUUUCUGGACACAACACUGGGUCUAUUCGACUAGUUUGCAAAAGUGCUGGAGAGGAUGUCAUCCCGUUACCUGCUUCCACGGCCUUUUCGAAGUUUGCUUUUGAUGAAACACCUUGCUUUUCAUUUUUACAGUAUGAUCUCGAAGACCUAAUGGAUUAUCGCUUUGUGGCAGUUAUUGAUAGAGCUGAAACAAACUAUCCUGGCUGGUUACGUGCGGAAUUCUCUGAUAGCUCUGAUUCGGUGAUCCCAACCAGAGUUGGAUUAGGCAGGUUACUGAGCACCGGCCUUCACAUACGGCUUCCUGCAGAGAGGCCGCUGGUAACUGACAUAAAAGUUCCUGCUCUUCAUUCUAGCCUACUUGCAUACAAACUGUAUGCCAAGAGCAAAAGUUGUGACCAGAGCUUAUUCGAACCGAUGAUACGCCAAUACAUCUCAGAUCCUCAUGAAUCUAAGUAUUUUGUCAAUAUUAGGGAAGCUGAAAUUAAUAUCCAUGGGAUUGCGCCAUUCAUGCCUCCCCAUCUUCGUGAUACGGCUGCUGCACAGGGAAUAUCUUUUCAGCUCUGGUCGGAUAUGUCUUGCAAUGCUCCUCUUCAAUUGUCGCUCAAGGUCGAUAUUCCGGGUAGUAUGGGGAAGCUCACAAUGCGCUAUCGCACGGUUUUCGCAGCUUUCCCACUUCUAAUUGUUGCACUUGUUCUACAACAGCAAUUCAAAAUAUAUGAUCAAACUGGGGUAUUUAUAAGCUUCCUGCAAGGAUUAGAUUUGUGCAUCCGAUCUUCGAUACCUUUGCUUUUUCUUGGUCUCACAUUCUUGGCCUCUUCCCUGGCAACUUCGAAGGCAGUGAUGUCCAAGGGUACCACAUCUAGCGUGGGAACGAACUCGACAGAAUCUGUCAUAGACUUCUCGAAAAAUGAUCUUCUUCUAGGAUCCCAAGAUGCCUUCUUCUGGUUUCUGGUUCCACUCUUUGGUGUUAUUAGCAUUGGAACUUGCGUAAUUGUUAAUUAUCUUACGAUGGUUGUUAUUCAUACAUUUGGGGCGAUCCGCUCCAUUUUAAUAUCCCGGAAAGGCUAUAUUAAACACGAUGAACGCAGUAAUGUGUCCCUAUUCUGGUCUUUUUCGACGAAGAAUCGAAUCAUCAACACAGCUGUCCUCCUUCUAUUCGUUGCCACUGUAAUCCCAUAUCAGUUUGCAUAUGUGGUUUCGUGUAUUGUCCAACUUGCAACCUGCGUUCAGGCUUUGUGGCACUCUCGAGAAACGAGAUCAACAUCUUACUCUAACUUCUACAACUAUUCCCACUCCAUCCUUAUUCUCAUGCUUUGGAUCCUCCCCGUGAAUGUCCUUGUACUCAUUGUCUGGGUUCACAACCUUACGAUUCAUUGGCUUAUGCCGUUUUCGUCGAACCACAAUGUGCUUUCAAUCUUACCAUUUAUACUUCUCGUUGAAACUCUAACAUGCGGAACAAUGAUACCGAGAAUUACAACUUGCCUACGUCACGUCACUUCGGCCUUACUUUUCUUCCUUGCCGUCUACUCCGCCAUAUAUGGCGUUACAUAUGCGUAUUUACUUCAUCAUAUCACGAACUUGGUAAUCGCAUGGCUUGUGGCAAUCCAUUUUUUUGCGGGUGAUUUCUCACUGAAAAAUCUUUCUCGAGUUCUUCAAGGCCCCGAUAGCUUCCUAAAACCGGAUGGGCAUACCAAAAAGCUGCCUUAG